AGUAAAAUAUUUUUAGCCAAGAAUCCAUUUGAUAUAUGGGAGACCUUAGAGAUGAGGAAAAACAUUGUUGGGUUUAGGCCUAGUUCUACCUCCGGUAGGGGUAUCUCAAAAACUAAAGCUCUUUCUGACCAUCUGUCACUAGCCUAAUUUGCAGGUCGUAUGUUUAGAACAGGAAAUCGCGUUGCCAGGACAACGUGACAUAUUCACUUACUGGCCUGGUUACGUUUAUGCUGUGACGCACUCGGAAGAUCAUGAACCGCGGGAAAGUUUUACACGUGAUCACAUCUACAGACAUUUUUGGCUGAAGCCGACAGUGGAUGCCAGCUCGGAAAAUCGAAUGGAAAUGGUAAGUUGUUAAAAUUUUGUCACUGGGUAAUUGAACAUUGUGGUUAAGGAGCAUUCAAUAUUAGUUUUAGCUCGUUAUAGUAGAUAUAAUGUCAACUGUAUUGCGUACAGAGGCGGUUCUGUUUUUAUUUCGCUGCGUAGCCCUGGUCCUGUAAUUCCAUUAACUCGAGCCUCGUGGACAUUUGCUAACUAUGCUAGAACUUGCAAUCACUGCUUAGUGCUCUGUGCUACGUGACAAAAACAUAUAAUUCCAUUAGCUGGAGCGUCGAGGAUAUCCGCUAACGAUGGUAGAAACUUCCAAACACUGCUUACAUGCGCUAUCCUUGCUACUUGGCAAAAUUGUUAAGCUUAACAUGUGAUUCCAUUAGCUGGAGCAUCGUGGAUAUUUGCUAACAAUGCUAUCGAUAGAAACUUCCAAACUCUGCUUAGGAGUAGUAGCCGUAGUAGUAAUAAUAUAUUUACCUUAUCUGCGCUGUCGUUGCUACGUGACAAAAUUGUUAUCAUGAACAUUAAUUUAAACAUGUCAUUGAAUAGUUAGAAAUCCUAAUCCUUUGAUCAUGUGCAGUUUUAAAAUAUCUGUAGAUCAUUUUUGCUGAAUUGGUGCUGUACUUGAUUAACAGAUCAUUAACAAUGACAACAAACAGGAAAGCCCCUGAAAGAGAUGCCCUUGAACAUGUGGUCAAGGCUAUUGACAAGACUGCACACUUGGAAGUGAAAUUCAUAAACUCUGUCAAAGGUCGAGGUGUGUUUGCCAAAUCCCACUUUGAAAAAGGAAACUUUGUGGUGGAGUACCGAGGCCAAUUAAUAAAAUCUGAAGAAUCUCAAAGGAGGAGGAGAGUAUAUCAUAGUCAAUGUGCAGUCUUCCUGUUCGAUUUCUACUGGCAAGAAAGAUUAUGGUGCAUUGAUGCAGCUCAAGAAGAUGGCAGCUUGGGAAGAUUAGUUAAUGAUGAGAACAUCCGUCCCAAUUGCAAAAUGAAAAAGCUCAUAGUAGAGGGGAAGCCACACCUCUGUCUUUUCGCCCUGAGGAACAUUAUUCCUGGAGAGGAGAUUACGUAUAAUUAUGGAGGAACUGACUGGCCAUGGAGGAAUAAGAUUGAAGAGGAACCAGUUGAGACAAUGUCUCCUGCAGUAGAGGCCCCUGAAACAUCUCCGCAGCUUUUAGAGGCCCCUGAAACAUCUCCGCAGCUUGCAGUGCUAUCAUCAGUGUCCGAGAAAAAGAUUAAAGAGGAACCAGUUGAGACCAUGUCUCCUGCAGUAGAGGCCCCUGAAACAUCUCAGCAGCUUGCAGUGCUAUCAUCAGUGUCCAAGAAAAAGAUUGGAAAGAAACGUCUUAUGACCAAAUCUGCCGCAGUAGAGGCCCCUAAAACAUCUCAGCCGCCUGCAGUGCUUUCGACAGUGUCCAAGAAAAAGAUUGGAAAGAAACGUCUUAUGACCAAAUCUGCCGCAGUAGAGGCCCCUAAAACAUCUCAGCCGCUUGCAGUGCUUUCGACAGUGUCCAAGAAAAAGAUUGAAGAGGAACCAGUUGAGACCAUGUCUCCUGCAGUAGAGGCCCCUGAAACAUCUCCGCAGCUUUUAGAGGCACCUGAAACAUCUCCGCAGCUUGCAGUGCUAUCAUCAGUGUCCGAGAAAAAGAUUAAAGAGGAACCAGUUGAGACCAUGUCUCCUGCAGUAGAGGCCCCUGAAACAUCUCAGCAGCUUGCAGUGCUAUCAUCAGUGUCCAAGAAAAAGAUUGGAAAGAAACGUCUUAUGACCAAAUCUGCCGCAGUAGAGGCCCCUAAAACAUCUCAGCCGCCUGCAGUGCUUUCGACAGUGUCCAAGAAAAAGAUUGGAAAGAAACGUCUUAUGACCAAAUCUGCCGCAGUAGAGGCCCCUAAAACAUCUCAGCCGCUUGCAGUGCUUUCGACAGUGUCCAAGAAAAAGAUUGAAGAGGAACCAGUUGAGACCAUGUCUCCUGCAGUAGAGGCCCCUGAAACAUCUCCGCAGCUUUUAGAGGCACCUGAAACAUCUCCGCAGCUUGCAGUGCUAUCAUCAGUGUCCGAGAAAAAGAUUAAAGAGGAACCAGUUGAGACCAUGUCUCCUGCAGUAGAGGCCCCUGAAACAUCUCAGCAGCUUGCAGUGCUAUCAUCAGUGUCCAAGAAAAAGAUUGGAAAGAAACGUCUUAUGACCAAAUCUGCCGCAGUAGAGGCCCCUAAAACAUCUCAGCCGCCUGCAGUGCUUUCGACAGUGUCCAAGAAAAAGAUUGGAAAGAAACGUCUUAUGACCAAAUCUGCCGCAGUAGAGGCCCCUAAAACAUCUCAGCCGCUUGCAGUGCUUUCGACAGUGUCCAAGAAAAAGAUUGAAGAGGAACCAGUUGAGACCAUGUCUCCUGCAGUAGAGGCCCCUGAAACAUCUCCGCAGCUUUUAGAGGCACCUGAAACAUCUCCGCAGCUUGCAGUGCUAUCAUCAGUGUCCGAGAAAAAGAUUGAAGAGGAACCAGUUGAGACCAUGUCUCCUGCAGUAGAGGCCCCUGAAACAUCUCCGCAGCUUUUAGAGGCCCCUGAAACAUCUCCGCAGCUUGCAGUGCUAUCAUCAGUGUCCGAGAAAAAGAUUGGAAAGAAACGUCUUAUGACCAAAUCUGCCGCAGUAGAGGCCCCUAAAACAUCUCAGCCGCUUGCAGUGCUUUCGACAGUGUCCAAGAAAAAGAUUGAAGAGGAACCAGUUGAGACCAUGUCUCCUGCAGUAGAGGCCCCUGAAACAUCUCCGCAGCUUUUAGAGGCCCCUGAAACAUCUCCGCAGCUUGCAGUGCUAUCAUCAGUGUCCGAGAAAAAGAUUGGAAAGAAACGUCUUAUGACCAAAUCUGCCGCAGUAGAGGCCCCUAAAACAUCUCAGCCGCCUGCAGUGCUUUCGACAGUGUCCAAGAAAAAGAUCGAAGAGGAACCCGUUGUGACUAAUUCUACAGCAGUAGAGGCCCCUCAAACAUCCCAGCAGCCUGCAGUGCUUUCGUCAGUUUCCAAGAAAAAGAUUGGAGAGAAACGUACUGUGAUUGAGUCUGGACUAGCUGACCGUUAUGAAACACCUGAACACUGUGGUCUGCUUUCGCCCAAGAAAAAGAGAUGUAAUCUAAUUCAGGAGUCCUCAGACCAAGACCAGCCUUAUGUCCCUAAACUGAGGAGGACCAAAAGCAUUCAGAUUAACAGACAAACCGAUUUUGAUUCCUAUGAGCUUUUUGAGACAUCAGAUGAAAGUGAAGAAGAAUAUGUUCCUGAUACAAGCGAGGAUUCAUCUGAUGAAACGGACACCAGUGAAGUUUUUGAAACAUCCAAUCAGAAGAAAAUUACAUUAAGGGGACGCUCACUCGUACGAAAGGGCAGUGCUUUGAAACGGAAAAGGCACCAUUCCAGAAGUGUAUCCUGUUGCCGAACACAUUCUUUUGGUGGACAGUCAUCAGAAACUUCAUACACUGAAGACCCUCAUGGAAGCUCGACACUGGUUUGUCCUGACAGUACUACUUCCCCCACUUCAGAUGUAGCUGACGACUUACUUACCGUACCUGCUGUCUGUAAAAAAGAGGAUGGAUCACGACAAUAUAACAAAAAACAGUACUGUUUAUACUGUAAAAAGGGAUUUAUAAAAAUGGCCAGGCAUUUAGAGCGUGCUCAUAAAAACGAGAAAGAAGUUGCACAGGCUGGGUCUUUUCCAAAAGGUUCUAAACAAAGAAGACUGCAUCUGGAACAUUUGAGAAAUAGAGGCAACUUCGCCCACAAUUCUGAGGUCUUAAAUACUGGUGUUGGAAAGCUUGUUCCUCGGAAACAACCAAAAGAUGAUUCUAAACCCAGAGAUUUUGAUCACUGUAUAUAUUGUCAAGGCUAUUUCACAAAGAAAGUUAUGUGGCGCCACAUGAUGAUAUGCAAGUUUAAGCCUAGUGGCCCUACGAAGCCUGGCAAAACACGGGUGCAAGCACUUUGUGCUUUUGCUGUACCACCACCACCUGGAGUCAAAGCAGAAUUCUGGAAGGUCCUAAACCAUAUGAUUCAAGAUGACGUUUACUUUGCAGUUAAAUCUGAUGUCUGGAUCAUGGAGUAUGGUGUGCAUUUGCAUAACAAGCAUGGAUAUGAUGUUGGCAAACAUGAAUAUAUCCGUCAGAAAAUGAGGGAACUGGGAAGGCUUUUGAUUUGUUCGAGGAAAACCACUCCCUUGAAGACCAUCGAAGAUCACAUGAAGCCUGAAAAUUUCAUGCAUGUUGUGCAAGCUGUGCAACUCGUGGCUGGCUUUGUCUCUGAAUCCAGCACCUACAAGCGUCCAAGUCUUGCACUAAAAAUUGGGCAUAGUCUGGUGAAGAUAUCGCUGCUUCUUGAAGCCCGUGCAAGUAUGCAAAACAACCAACCAGCAGCAAAAGAUGCUCGUAGGUUCCGCUCAGUGUACGAAGCCAGAUGGAACGAACUCAUUUCAGCUGCAUCACUGAGAACAAUGCAUGAAUCGAAAUGGAAUGUUCCUCAGUUGAUUCCGUUCACUAAGGAUGUUCAGAAACUCCACUCCUAUUUGGACAUGCAGCAGGAACAGUUUUACAACGAACUGUCCUCAGAGCCGUCUAAAAACACUUGGCUACAUCUGACUAAAAUCACUUUGACACAAGUCAUGAUGUUCAACCGACGUAGAACAGGAGAAGUUUCAAAAAUGCCCCUCUCUACCUAUUUUGCUCCAAAUCCAGUAGAUCUGCAGGAAGAUGUGGGUAUGGCGCUUUCAGAGCUAGAGAAAAAACUCUGUCAGCAUUUCAGGAGGUUGGAGAUACGAGGAAAAAGAGGAAGAAAGGUCCCUGUCCUCCUAACUCCAGAAAUGCAGAGAUCGUUGGACCUCCUUGUUGCCAAGCGACUUGAGUGUGGGAUUCUUAAGGAAAAUGGCUACCUAUUUGCCAGGCCGUCUGUAUUGACCUGCUACCGUGGUUCUGAUUGUAUCAGAGAUUUUGCCAAGGUCUGUGGUAUUGCAAACUACACAAGUCUCACUUCUACAAAACUGCGCAAGCAAACCGGAACACUCUCUCAAGUUCUCAACCUCAGUAAUACAGAGCUGGACCAAUUAGCCAAUUUCCUUGGCCAUGAUGUCAGAGUCCAUCGGCAAUUUUACAGGCUGCCUGAAGGGACCCUUCAACUUGCUAAAAUUAGCAAAGUCCUCUUGGCUCUUGAACAGGGGCGUUUGGCAGAAUUCAAAGGCAAAGGCCUGGAUGACAUCACAAUCGGUCCAGAAGAGAGUGUGAACCUUGACAGUGACCAUGAGGCACAGGAGAAUGUAGACAGUGACACUGAGGUACAGCGUGAGUCUGACACACAAGAAACCCAGUCUCAGAAGAGAGAGAGGAGUACAGAAGGGUUGAUGGAGAAAGAGGUCAAGGUUAAGUUGGAAAAGAUGAGUGAAGUAAUCUAUAACUAUGUCUUAGACAGGUUUGGAUGUGUGUGCCUUGAUCAAGAAUAGUUUUCUUCAUAUGUUUCCUUAAGAAAACUAGUUUUCUUUCCCUUUUGCUUGGAUGGGGGGUUUUGAACCUGGGUUGCCCGUUUGUGAGGCAAGUGCCUUGGCCAUUGUGCUACAGUGGAGUUGAAGAUCAGUGUAACUUAAGGUAAUAUGUGAAUAGGUACACCCCAGACCAGUAGAGGGCAGCAAUGCAGAUUCUUGGUCAGUAGAAGCACAGCUGAAGAAGAGCAGACUAAGUUCCGUGGAGCUAGCGACAGUAAGCGACAGUACGCGACAAUAGCGGGCAAUAUGGCGGCGAAAAGCGUCAAAAUAAAGUACAAAAGCGGACACAGAGUGUUUUACGGCUAAAUGAACGGGAAAGCAGUUCAGAUGGAGACGACAGAAGAAAAAGUGUCCAGAAGAAAAAGUCCAAGACCAUUCACAAGCCACAGAAG